AUGGCGGUGACGCGCGUUGCCAUGGCGACGGCCGGGCGGCGUUGGGGGGGUGGCGGGAUGACAACAAAUAUGGCGGAGAGGAGCAGGACGGCAGAGACGGGCAGUGCCAUCAGAAGUGAUGAUAUCAUAGCAGGGAACGUGAGCAAGUACAUUGUUCUCCCAGCUGGUUACUGCGGACAGCCUAAAAAAGGACAUCUUAUAUUUGAUGCCUGUUUUGAAAGUGGGAACCUUGGGCGGGUUGACCACAUCACAGAGUUUGAGUAUGACCUUUUCAUCAGGCCAGACACCUGCAACCCACGCUUCCGAGUCUGGUUCAACUUCACUGUGGAAAACGUGAAGGAGUCACAGAGAGUAAUUUUCAAUGUUGUCAACUUCAGCAAAACAAAAAGCCUCUACAGAGAUGGGAUGGCUCCAAUGGUGAAAUCCACAAGCCGACCCAAAUGGCAAAGAAUCCCCUCCAAAAACGUGUACUACUACCGCUGCCCAGACCACAGGAAGAACUAUGUCAUGUCCUUUGCUUUUUGCUUCGACAGAGAGGACGACACUUACCAGUUUGCCUACUGCUACCCCUACACCUACACUCGCCUUCAGCACUACCUGGACAACCUCCAGAGGAGGAACAUGGACUACUUCUGCAGGGAACUGCUGGGGCUCAGCGUGCAGAAACGGCGACUUGACCUCCUGACAAUAACCAGCCCUGCAAACCUGCGUCCAGGGGCUGAACAGAAAGUGGUGUUCAUCACUGCACGGGUCCAUCCCGGGGAAACACCCUCUUCCUUCGUCUGCCAAGGUAUAAUUGAUUUCCUCGUGAGCCACCAUCCAAUUGCAAAAGUACUGAGAGACCACCUGGUCUUCAAGAUUGCUCCCAUGCUCAAUCCUGAUGGAGUUUAUCUAGGAAAUUACAGGUGCUCCCUGAUGGGGUUCGAUCUGAACCGGCACUGGGCAAAUCCCUCUCCGUGGGCUCACCCCACCCUGCACGGAGUGAAGGAGCUCAUCAUCGACAUGUACAACAACCCGAAGAUUAACCUGGAGUUCUAUAUCGACAUCCAUGCCCACUCCACCAUGAUGAAUGGCUUCAUGUAUGGGAACAUCUUUGAAGAUGAGGAAAGAUUUCAGCGACAGGCUGUUUUUCCCAAGCUGCUCUGUCAGAAUGCUGAAGACUUCUCUUAUUCCAGCACAUCAUUCAACAGGGAUGCUGUGAAAGCUGGGACAGGCCGGCGCUUUCUUGGCGGGCUCCUGAAUGACACCUCCUACUGCUACACCCUGGAGGUCUCCUUCUACAGCUACAUCUUGGGUGGAACUGCUGCUGCUGCUGUGCCCUACACUGAGGAAGCCUAUAUGAAGCUUGGAAGAAAUGUGGCCAGGACGUUCUUGGAUUAUUACAGGCUGAACUCCUUGGUGGAGGGACCACUAGCACCCACUCCUAAACCUCGGAAGGACAACGUCCCCCACUCUAAAUGCACUGCCCAGCGGGGCCCAGGGAACAGCCACGCUGCAGGAAAACCCAACAAGAGGAGCCAGGCACAUCUGAAGGACCCGUCUGUCUCCAAACGCUGA